UCGGGUUCGCGGUUUGGUCGUUAAAUUAAGGAGGAAAGUGCAAGUGCAGAUUUCGGAUCAGAUAUUAUUCAACAGUUCAUAGUCUGCUUGAGGGAAAUUUUUGAAAUCCAUGGUGGUUAUAUACGUUUUACGGACAUUUUCUAUGGAAUAAGAUGAACCAACGAGUUGCCGCUAUGGAAAACGGGUUCAAAAAGGAUUUUCACAGUUCGAAAAACAGUAAAAGCAUUGUCAACGGAUUCAGUGUACGAAGCUGGUGAUCGGUGUUAAAAAUCAUCCUUAAAUACGAACAUUUCGUCACAUUUUCAAAAUAAAACUCAUCAUGCGAGGCAUUCGAGCGAUGCAAGCCAAUGGCAUCGUCAUCACGGUGGCCCUCCCGAAUGCCCCGAUCCGGGAAAAGUGGGGCAAGGGGGUGGAGUUUAUGCUGUCCUGUAUCGCGUACUCGGUGGGCUUCGGCAACAUCUGGAAGUUUCCGUACACGGCGCUGGAGAACGGCGGCGGCGCCUUCCUGAUCCCGUACCUGGUGGUGCUGUUCGUGAUCGGACGACCCAUCUACUAUCUGGAGAUGGUGAUGGGACAGUUUUGCAGCAGCGGGUGCGUCAAGAUCUACGACCUGGCACCGGCAAUGAGGGGUAUCGGCGUUGGCCAGUCAAUCGCUAUGUUUGUCGUAAUGACGUACUACACUCCAGUUCUAGCGAUCACGCUGAGGUACCUGUUUGCAUCGUUCAGUACGGAGUUGCCGUGGAGCAAGUGCGAUCCCAGCUGGAGUCGGUGUAUUGACUCGGACAACCUCGAGUACAGGAAUUUCAGCGAUCCAGCGAAUCAAAAUUUGAACGUGUCAGCAGAGUUGUACUUUACGAAAACGAUCAUGCAUCGCGCUCCCCUAGCAGAAGGUAUUGGAACUCCGGACCUAGAUCUAGUCCUUUGCCUCCUGCUAUCCUGGCUCGUCGUCGCGAUCAUCCUCAUCAAGGGAAUACGGAGCACCGGCAAGGCAGCGUACUUUUUGGCACUCUUCCCGUACGUGAUCAUCAUGAUCCUGUUCGUCCACACCUGCUCGCUGGAAGGAGCCGGCAAGGGGAUCAUGUUCUUUCUAACCCCAAAAUGGGACCAGCUGUUCACGGCCAAGGUCUGGAUGGAAGCUGUGACGCAGUGUUUCUUCUCGCUGUCGAUCUGCUUCGGCGGGAUCAUCGCGUACUCGUCGUUCAACAACUUCACCAACAAUGUUUACAGGGACGCCAUGAUCAUCUCUUGGCUGGACACUUUCACCUCCGUCAUCGUUGGCUGCAUCGUGUUCGGAGUGCUCGGCAAUCUGGCCACCGUAACGCACAAGGACAGCAUCCAGGACGUGGUCCGGCAGGGUACCGGUCUAACCUUCAUGGCAUACCCGGACGCGAUCGCAAAGUUCGAGUACUUCCCGCAGCUCUUCUCGGUUCUGUUCUUCAUGAUGCUGUUCAUCGUCGGCAUCGGUAGCAAUCUGGGCGUGAUCACCAGCAUCAUCACCGCUAUCCGCGAUCGUUGUCCGCAGUUGGAAAACUGGAAGGUGGCUUCGGCGAUCUCCGUGAUCGGAUUCGCUCUGAGUGCGAUCUAUAUGACUCCAGGAGGGCUUGACCUGCUGGACGUGUUUGACACCUACGGUGCCAAGUACGUCACGCUAACGCUGGCACUCUUUGAACUGAUCACGUUCGCGUGGAUUUACGGGGUAGACCGGAUCUGCCGGGAUAUCUACUUUAUGCUGAACAUUGAAACGAGCGUGUUUUGGAGGAUCUGCUGGGCGAUCGUGACUCCGGUGGUCGUUUGCGUCAUCUUGGUCGGGAGCUUCGUAGAGUACAAACCAGUUGACGUACCGCUGGCUUACAACGUGAUCGGAUGGGUCGUGUACGGCGUGGCGGUAAUCCAACUGCCGAUUUGGGCGAUCUACGCGAUUUGUACCCAGAAGCGGAGUGGGUUCGUCAAGAAGGUCGUUGGAGCGUUUCAACCUGCCCAAAGUUGGGGUCCGGAGAACGAGCACACGCGGGAGAUGUACAAUGCUGCGAACGACAAAAGUAAAGAGUUGGACGAUGAGGAAAGCGAGCGGUCGUCCAGUUUGUGCAAGUUGGUGCAUCGAAGGGUUUUUAACUAGUUUGUAGCUAGUGAUUUUAAUGUGCGUGGUAAUUUAAUCGUAAGUAUUAUAGAUUAAUAAAAUAUGUAUAUGAGUGACUGAAUAAAGAUGUUCCUAUUGUGA